AUUAAAUGACCCUUAUGCGUCAAACUUUAAAAUAUUAUCGUGACUAAAGUUGGAAAUUAAUAGGUCAAAAUUAAAAUAAUUGUAAAUAUUGUGGGUUUAGCGUUUUACAAUUAUAUGUACUUGAUAAUCUUCAUCAUUGAUUUAAGCUUUAAUCGUUAAAAUCGGUAAACGAUAAAUUAUAUAAGAUUUCAAGAUACAUAAUAAGAUAAUUUUUAUAAGAAUAAAAACAUAACUCUUAAGAAAUAAAAAGCAACAUUAAUAUGGAUUCUCUAUCAAACUUUCCAAUGCCUGAAAUGAGUAUAACAGCUUGCGAAAUUAAACAAGUUCUUAAAUUGACGUUAGAGUCAAAACAAUUCAAGCAAUUUUUAAGCGAAUGGGAGAAAAAUUUGGACUAUCUUUCUUUACUUCAUUCUGACUUUAUCGAAAGAGUAAAAGAAAAAGAGAACUGGACAACGGAAGAGUUUAUACAUAAACUGCUAUCCAAUCGCGAGUCGAUACCAAACUCGACAUCAGUACCAUUUUUAUUGAAACAGAGUCAGAUUCAUAAGGAUCAAACUUUUUAUGUAUCUUGUCUAGCAAUGAGUGUUGGAAUGUUGAAAUCGGAUGAUUCUGUUCUAAAAAAAUACGACAAUACUAAAUUUAGUUCUUCGAAUUUAGAAAACACGCAGCAAUCAAAUAUGUUCAGUUGUCGAAUUCCUGGAAAGACAAAAGAUACAAUUUACGGAGACGAAAAAAGCAAACACGUUCUUGUUCUUUUUAAAGGUUGUGCUUUUAUUGUUUACAUUUUGUCUUCUAAAGGUGAAACAUUAAACUUUUCUGAAAUUUAUGCGCAAAUAAAGGCAAUAACAAACUAUGAUGGUAAAAUAAUACCAUCAGUAUGCAAGUUUACUUCACUCAAACGCAAUAAGUGGAAUGAAAUUCGUGAAAAUCUUUCAUUGAAAAAUAGAGAGUCGUUAAAGUUUAUGGAAAAUUCGAUUGCGACAAUUAUUGUUGAAGAUGAAGAUUGCCCUUCUGAAUAUCAUGAAGCGAUUAAUCAUGUAAAGUUUGGAGAUAAGUUUGGAGAUGCGUUACAUGGCAACAUGCGUUAUUAUGAUCAAAUAGUUAAUAUAAUCGUCUAUAAAAAUUGUGUUGCUGGUUUAUUGCUAGAACAUACAGUUGUUGAUGGGUAUUUGAUGUAUGUUAUUUGUCAGUCUCUUUAUUAUUUGGGUGAAACUUGUGGAGAAAAAACAAUGAUAAAAAAAAGUUUUGAUGAAAUAAAAUUCAAUUUUAACCCUAUUUUUUUUAAUCUUGAAGACAUAGAAUUUGAAGGAAACCUUUGUGUGAGAAACAAUAUUGAAUAUUUUGACUUUUUUGGAUAUGAAGGUAUCUUCACAAUAUUAAAAGAACAAAGGUUAUACGAAGUUUGGAUUAACUUUGGUUUACAAUUAGCAAUUAAGCGAACAUUUGGAACUCUAAAAUUUUUGUUGGUUACUCCAACACAUGUAAGACAUUUCAAAAAAGGCCGAACGAAUCCAACCUACACGAUAACAGAAAAAUCAGUGAAGUUUUUAGAAGAAUUGAAUUCUAAUCAAUCAAGUUAUGCCAUUGGUCCACACAUUGGGCAAUUUCGAAAUUGGCUUUCAAACGAUGGAAAUAUAUUGAAAGCACUUAUGGAAAUUUUUUGGUCUCCGUCUAUAUAUUUAACAGGAUAUGAAUCAGCGAAAGGAAUCGACUUUGCAACUUCAAACAUGUACGCUACAAAUCAAUUACAUGUAAAUUAUUUUGGUUCAGAAAACAGAGUUCGAAUUAUUAUGAAUGCCAAUGGUAUAUUUGAAGAAAAUCUAAAAGAAUUGAAAAAUAACUUUUUGAAAGCCAUGUUUGAUAUUCAAACAGUUGCUACUAAAACUGCUAUAGCUCUUCAAAUGGGUGCACUGAAAACUCUCAAAAAUUGUGAAAAACAGAAUGAAAAAUUACCUUUUCUAUUAUUAAUUCAUGGAGGAGCUGGAGUCAAUAUAUCUUUGGAUCAAGAAAUUAAAGAGGUAAUUUUAUUUUCUCUAAAAUCAGCUCUUUCAAUUGGGAUAAGCUCACUGAUAUCCGGUGAAAGUACCGUUGAUGCUGUAAAAAAAGUAGUUACUUCUUUGGAAAAUUGUUUUUUGUUUAAUACAGGAAAAGGUUUAAUUUUUAAUGAAGAGAACGAACAUGAAUUAGAAACUUCAAUUGUUGAUGAUAAAAAUAAAAUUUGUGGUUCGGUAGCAUGUCUUGCAACUAUAAAAAAAGCUACAAGAGCGACAAGGAUAGAAAAAACGCCCCAUUCAUUUGUUAUUGGAAAAGAGUUUAAUCUUCCGACAGUUGAAAAUUCUUAUUUCAAUACUGAUCAUUGUCGUAGAGAAAUGAAUGAUAACGUUUUUAAAUCCUAUGACCAUAAAAAAACAGUAGGAGCGCUAGCUCUUGAUACUUAUGGUAAUAUUGCUGCAGCCUCUUCAACUAGCGGAACAAUGAAAAAGACGAAAGAAAGAAUUAGUGAUACAGGUGUUGUUGGCGAAAGAAUCUAUUCAGAUGAACAUAAUACAGUAGUAUGUUCCGGAAACGGGAAAGCACUUAUACAAAAUUCUAUUGCAUCCAAAAUUGCUUGUUGCUACAAAAUUAACAAAAGUCUAAGAGAUUCAUGUAGGGAAGUUCUUAAAAGUGAACUUGGGUCAAAUUUUGGGGGAGUUAUAGCUUUAAGCUCAGAUGGCUCUUUUCACGUUGAAAGUUGUUCAGAACCAAUGUUUAUUGGAUCAUUUGACGGAGUUAAUUCCCGUAUUGAAAUUUUGGAUAACAAGAGUCUAGAUACUCAUAGUUUAAAACUCAAAUUCUAGAUAUAAAAUUAUAGUAAUUUUUAUACCCAAGAAGUUGUUGAAAUUUGCUUCUAGGCUACCGCCAAGUAUGUGGGAUUUAUCUUUGAGUUAAAAUGCAUUCACGUGCAACUAUUAUAAAAGUGAUUCAUUCUUAUUAACACUUUUAUUUUUAUUAUAAAAAACUAAAUAUAGUAUCAUAAACAAAAAUUAUACUAUAUUAAAAAUAAAAAUA